AUGAAGCCAGCUCAGAGCUUCGAGCGUGCAAAUCAAGGAAUCAACGGUGAUUCUCGAGCUGCAGAGACAAAUCAAACGUCAGACGAGCUAACGCAGUGCUGGGAAUUUGGCUUGAAGGACCUGCCUGAGGAAGGACGUUUGACAGCCGAUUGGGUCGUGGGCGAGCCCAAUACGCUCACGACGUUGAUUCCUCGCCAGGAUGAUGACGACGCCUCCGUCCAAGCGACAUCACGGCAGCCGGGUCUGCUAAAUGGGAGACCUGAUGCCAAGAGCCUGGAGGCAAUCAUAGUCCUUGAUCGGCCAAUCGCUUUGCAAAAUUCUCCUACCAGUGCAAAUGCAAAUGAGACUCAGGGGCGAAGCGAAAUUACCGCUGCGUCGCUGCCACCUGAGACAGCUCUUGUGGUGUUUCCUCCUGCCUCCCUCGUGCCACAUCAUGGAUCGGCUGUCACAGUACUCAUGAUGGGCGAAGGGACAUUCAGCUGUCCAAAAGGCCAAUGUGAGUAUACAAGCGUUUGCCCCGCCCACUUACGGCUUUCAAUCAGCUGAGAGAGCCAAUUUGAUUCCGCCAGACGUCUACUACCUCAGUACCAACGUUGCCUCUGCAGCAGGGCCAGAUGCAGGACGAGAAGUGUUUGAAGCAACUAAGCGAGCACUUUGCAAGCUUGCCGUUUCUUCGACAGUGGAACCGGGAACGGAGGCAAGCGGCUGGGAGAGUAG